AAAAACGGUGGGUGGCCUUUUCCGGAGACCACAGACGCGAAGAGCGAACAAAGGCGGCGUUCGCGCGGCUCGGGCAGAUUCCCGUUGUGGUCGGGUGCGUGGAUGGUACGCUCAUCGCAAUCCCGAAGCCCCAUGGCCUGAGCUCCGCGGACACGACGCAUUACAUGUCGGGGAAGGGACUCUACGCAUUCAACACCAUGAUCACAUGUGAUGCCGACCUCUGGAUGUCAGUCCAUGUUUCCUGGGGUCAUGUCAUGACUCGUGGGUAUGGCGGGGGAGCCCUCUCCGUCAGCACCUGGAAGCAAAACUUCGGCUUGCUUGGAGACUCCAGCUAUACAUUAGAACCGUGGUUCCUGACACCAGUGCCCGGACGACCAGCUCGUGGCACCCCUGAUAACCACUACAACAAGACCCACACCGCCAUGCGCAAUGCUGUGGAGUGGUGCAUCGCUGUAAGCUUCUGCUAA